AUGACGAUCUCCAUCGAAAUGCCGAUUUAUUGCUUUGAUGUCAUCAUCAACAAGUUGCAGCGCAAAUCCACUCCACCUGUACCGGCGAGCAUCCCGAAUGAGUGUUUGUAAGUGAUUUAGUAGCCAAUGAAAGCGGUUUUUUACAUUUUUUUGUCAAGGAUAAUUUUGAAAAAUUUUUUUUAUUAAGCCUUAAUGAUCAAUAUUUUAGCCCAUUGUUUGUCACCUGGAAGAAGGGACCGAAUCAAAAUUUGAGAGGAUGCAUUGGGACUUUUUCGACCAACCUGAAUUUGCACAAAGGGCUGACGGAUUAUGCUAAAAUAAGGUAAUUUUUUUCUUUUUUUUGUUGAAUUUUAGGCCACGAAAUUGGAUAUAGAUGAAAAUGAUGUCAUAAUCAAGGAUUUUUUGUGUUUUUUCACGUUUAUUUUUUGCAAGAAAUUGAAGAUUUUUACGACUUUCUAACAAAAAACAGGAAAUUUUACCUACUGUAUGAACGAAAUCGAUUUGUUAAAUUUACCAAUGAAGAACCGCCGUAUUUUACCAAAAAUUACAUAAUGUAUAUUCCAGUGCCUUCGAGGACAGCAGAUUUUCCCCGAUUUCCCUGGAAGAACUCCCUCAACUUCACUGCGGCGUUUCUCUCCUGGUCCGUUUCGAACCCGCCCAAAAUUAUCGUGAUUGGACCGUCGGAACCCAUGGAAUCCAUAUCUAUUACAAGCAGAACGGCCGCGAUCUUAGCGCUGUGUAUCUCCCAGAAGUGGCGGAGGAACAGGGCUGGGACCAUGUGGAAACUUUAAAUCAAUUGAUGAAGAAGGGCGGGUGGAAAGGCCAGAUCUCGGAAAAUGAUCGUCUCUCUGUGAGAAUUGAACGCUUCCAGUCCGAGAAAAUUACAAUCUCGUAUCAAGUAAGGUUUAUUUGAAGAUUUGAGAGGGGUUUUUUGUGGGGUAGAACGAAUUUUUUGAACUAGGCGGGCCAAAAAGUCUUGAAAUGUUUUCGCACCGUGCGUGCGCAUGAUUUCGGCGUUGCGACAAAGUGUCGCGCGAUAAAAAUUUGGCGGGGUGCGAAUGAAGAACGCACUGUGCGUUGUUUACCCUUUUUCAAAACAACCUUUUUGCACUGUGCGAGGUCGCAUUGCACCGUAAAUUUUUCUUCUCGCGACAAUUUUCCUGCACGACGGCGCACUGUGCAGACAUGUCAAGACUUUUCGGCCCACCUAGUUAUAUUUUAGAUGAUUUAUGACAAAAUUUUUAAUAUUUUUUUUUCAGGAUUACGUCACUUACAAAACCCGCCUCCCCAAUUGA